AUGGACGAGUCACCCUUAGCGUUUGUUGAGCGAUGGACUGCCGAGCUCCGCUCUUUACAGAGCGCAAUCGAAGGCAAGUUGGCCGCAGCUAGCGAACUCUCGCCUCGCCUACAGCGCCUGUCGGAACAACUGACCGCGAGCGCGGUCGAGAUCCCGAACUCGGAGCUUCGACGGUGUGAGCGGGAGCUCAAGGCGGCGCAGGAUGCGCUGAGCUCGCAGGCGGCACCGAAGUCGAAGUUCAGCUUCAAGCGCUCGGUGGCCGCUCCGCGAAGCGCGAUUCCAGCACCUCCCGCCGCAACACCUCCGCCUCCCGCCUCCUCCAUCGCAACGGCGUCUAAAUCUUCCUCGAUACCGCCCACACCCCUAACCAUCACCUCCCGAAGCGACUCCUACCUCUCCUCCGCCGAUCUGCCCGCCAGCCCUGCCUCUUCAGCAGCUGAAGCUCUCGCCCUCACCUCCCUCUCCCGAUGUUACGUCAACCUCACCUCAACUCCAGCCAGCUCGAUUCUGUCGGACCGCUUCUCGGCGCUGUACUUGUCGGACAUCGUGGACUCGGUCGUGGUCUUGCCCCUCAUCAGCGGAGGAAGCGUCAUGGUCCAGAACUGUCAGCGCUGUGUGCUAGUAUUGGGCGGACAUCAGUUCCGCGUGCACGACUCGACGAAUUGCCUCGUACUCCUCGCGGCCGGCAGCUCGCCCAUCAUCGAGCGGUGUAAGGGUCUCGUCUUUGGUUCUCACCCUCGCUCGCUCCCGAACCCCUCCUCAGCCUCGACCGCCAGCUUCGCCGUCCAAGACUUCGACGACCCCUUCGCGACGCCCCAACGACCCUCGCCGAACUGGCGACGAGCUAAGUCGGCAGAAGAAGCGGAGAUUGAGCCUUUCCUACGCAGCGAGCAGGACGGGUGGGAGCAGGCGAGAGCGGGUGCUUUGCGGGUGGUAGACGGGCUUGUCGACGGAGCAAAGCAGUAG